UUGACGACGUCUUUACCACAAGAGAUCCUGCCAGUUGAUUAAACCCUCACAGGCCAGAACCGAAUAUGAGUUCCUUCGACCUGCAGACACAGUCACCUCCUCGCUGUAGUCCCCAAUUCCCCAGCAUUGGUCAAGAGCCUCCGGAGAUGAACAUCUUCUGUGAGAACUUCUUCCAUCAACAGAAUGCACAGAGACCAUCUAACUAUGACAUUGAUGACUACAGUUCAAGUGCCAACCCCUACCUCUGGUUAAACGGACCAUCCAUGAACUCUUCAUCGUACCUGCCGGGAUCGAAUGCCAGCCCUUUCAUCCCCCAGUCUUACGGGAUGCCGAGACAGUUCCUACCCAACAACGCUGGUUUGGGAGGAUCUGACCUUGGGUGGUUAUCUAUUCCUAAUCAGGAAGAGCUUCUGAAACUGGUGAGACCGCCUUACUCCUACUCAGCUCUGAUCGCAAUGGCAAUCCACGGGGCACCAGAUAAGAGACUGACCCUAAGUCAAAUUUAUCAGUAUGUGGCUGACAACUUCCCCUUCUAUAACAAGAGUAAAGCUGGGUGGCAGAACUCCAUCAGACACAACCUCUCCCUCAAUGACUGUUUCAAGAAAGUCCCCAGAGAUGAAGAUGAUCCAGGUAAAGGAAAUUACUGGACAUUGGAUCCUAACUGCGAAAAAAUGUUUGACAACGGAAACUUUCGGCGCAAGAGGAAAAGGAAAUCAGAUCCCAACUCCAGUGCAGGCAAUAUCAGCACUGAAAAGUCUGAUGACAGCAAUCAAAAGCCACCUCAAAGUCCAGGACUCAUGGACAUCCCCUCCACAAGGACAGGAACCUCACCUGAAAAGAAAUCUCCAACUUCAAUCUCCACUCCCUGCCUCAGCAACUUCAUUUCCAGUAUGUCAACCUAUAACAAUCCUAUAGGUGGGAGACAGGCUUCUCUUGGAUUGGUCAAUGACACGUCACCGAACAUGAUGGGGUUCGGCUCGUACUCACCUUCCAGUAAUAUCCUGAGCCAGCCUGGGUCAGAGUGGUCCGAUCCAGGGCCAUCAAAUCGUUAUGGCUAUUCUUCCGUGCUUAACCAAUUCAACAACCAUUUCUACAACAGCAUCAAUGCAAACAGUUUGCUGUUCUCCAGAGAAGGGACAGAGGCAUGAAAAGGGAGAUUUGUUGAAUGAAGGAUCAACUGUAAAAUAAUAAAUAAUUGUAACACACUAGUCCAUUUCAUGCUAUGUAUGCAGCUUAUUUAUGAGAGAACAUUUCAAGGGCACUGUGUUCAGGUGCCUUGAGGAUAAAAGAAGAACAGUUGAAUUAAACUAACAAUUUCUAAGCCUGGGCACAUGGAUAUAAACCAUAGCAUCACAGAACCCGGUGUAGAGAUUGACUUAAUUUGCAUGAGUCCCAAAUUGUUGACGUUGACAGUUUUUGCUGUCUUAAUUGAUUUUCCCUUACCAAACCUGUUCCUCAUAGUGUCCAUAAGAUUCAAAUUGAUCAGACCAGUAAGAAAGAAAUAGCCAUUCAAAUAUGCUUGAGCUUUCUAGCAUUGAAGAGGUAAAUUGCCUGGGGAAAAACAGCUUUCUCUGCCAUUCCUGAUGAGGCUGCAUCAAUAAAUAGGGAUGGUCCUACAGGGUAGGAAAUAAUGUAGAAAACUGGACCUGCAGGGAUACUCCAAUUAAGCCUCUUCAUUCCUGAACACGGAAAGGAAAAAAUACAGUUUUUGGUUUCUGAUUGCAAUCUGGAAACCGCAUGUAUGUGGGCUUUGUUAAGGGACUUGGAACAGACUUCAAUGUGAUGACCUUCGUUGUUGAUCAACUUUAUCAUCAACCCCCAGGUUUACAAUGAAUGAGAAGGGUGGCAGGCACUUGUAAUAAGACAACACGGGUGAUCAGGGCAGGAGAGAGGAUAACUAGUAAAGGUCCAACAAUUAUCAGCAAAUAUGCAUUUCAAUUCUAACGUUGUUUGAUUAUUUAAAUGGGUUGAUUGUAGAUGGGGUGCAAUGCUCCAGUGAGUGUUUUAAGCUUUCAGUAAUGUGUUAAGUUCGUGUGAUUGUUAAAUGGCAUUCAGUUGUUACAACUUUAUAUUAAUUGUCCACUAUUUUCAACAAAUGCUUAAUUGCAGUUUGUGAUUUGUAUUUUUUUUCUUAUGUCCAAUUUUGUGCUUUGUAAAAUUUUACCUCUGAGGAUAAAGGGAAUUAACUUACAAUAAAAUGUUUU